UGGAUUUCUUCUACAUUCCAAGCCCCGCUGUUGAGAUCUUUACUUCUUGGUACUGCAAGAUUGGAGGCUGCAGUUUCUUGGUGUUCUACGAAGCCGGAGUGGUGACUGCUUUGCGGGACUUGUCACCUGACAUACUGAGAUCUGCAUCCAGGGUCUAUGGGGCAUCUUCAGGAUCAGUUGUAGCCACACUUGCAUUGUGUGGGACUGAUAUAGAUUUGAUCAAGCAGUCGUUCCUUGAUGGUCUGAUGAGCAAUUUCUGGAUACGUCUUCCUGGAGGAAAAGUCCUUAGAGUCUUAAGAGAUUUCUUGAACAAACAUCUGCCUCCAGACGCCCACCAGCUGGUCUCUGGGAAGCUGAACGUUAUCGUCACCCGUGUGCGCGACUGGAGGAGCGUGGUGAUUUCAGAGUUUGCCUCCAGGGAGGACCUCAUUCAGGCCAUAACAUGCAGCUGCUUUAUCCCUCUGUAUUUUGGGCUUUCACUUCCUAAGUACCGUGGAGUGCGUUACGUCGAUGGGGAGCUCGGCAUGUGGCGGGCUGAUUUCGUGACCCGCACCACCAUCACCGUGUCAGCUUUCGCUGGUGAAUACGACAUCUGUCCCAAAGACUGCCCAGCUGCCUUCUUCACCUUCCAGCUCUCGGACUGCAUUCUGCAGAUAUCCAAAAGAAACAUUUGCCGCAUGCAGUAUAUUUUUCAGCUCCCCACACAUCAAGUGAGCUCCUUCUAGAGGUACCCAGAGCCGUGAGGCUCCUCUAGUUGGCCCAUCUGCCCUGACUGCCACCUCCCCCCUGCAGGUUCUGGACCAGACUUUUAUCCAUGGCUACCAGGACACAGUCUCCUUCUUUAAAAGACUGAGUAAGUGAUUGGGAGUGAGGAGCAGGUAGGUUGGGUGUUUCUCUUACGCCACUGGUUUGCUGACAGAAG